AGUAAAUGAGAAUGAUAUUGGGCUGCACCAGAGGCUCGUUUAUAUGCAUCAGCUGCUGGCAGAAAUUUGGAGAAGUUUGUACUUCAGUAGUGGACUCCGAAUAGGAGAAGAUACUGCACCUAAUACAGAUAACGAAAUUGACGAUGCAGUAGACGAUGUAUCUUCCGGACCAUCAGCUGCAGAACAAACAAGUGCUCAUGUAUCAGCUGAUGAACCUGCUAGCGAAGAUGUUGGGACCUCUCGUCGACGAACAACUGAUUUUGCUGAAAGCCCGUCACCUGCAAAACAACAAAGGGUAUUAUUCUUAUUAGAAUUUAAGUUUUCUUUCCUUUCCAUGAUGCUGGUAGUCAAUUUCUUCCAUGAAGAUGUUCCUGUUAUCCUCUUCAUUGAUAAUCGUAUUUCGGAAAGUGCCCUGCCUCCCUUUCUUCUACUUGACCGGGGGAUAAUACGGGUCAACGUUAAGUUUAUGAGUCAUUUAUAAUUUAAGGAAGACUAAACAAGGUAACAUGAGAAAGUGUCGUAACUUCAAACUGUCUCAACUUCAAACAGAAUAAUAGUACGUGUUUCGGGCUAACUCCUCCUCAAAUCCUUUAAUCAGUGGCAGAGCCAGGAAUUC